CCCAUUUCAGGUCAAAUACCUUCAAAUAGAAGUUCUUUUGCAAAUGUUCUCGAAGGAUUGGAUAACAAACGAAUAAUAGUCUUGGCAGAUGUAGUAAACUUUCAAUGGUAUAGACCGAAUGUUUCAGUCACAAUUCCAUCAAAUCGAGGCUGGCACAUGGCAAAUUUAAUUGGAAAAUAUAUGGUUAUAUCUUUUGGGUUAGGGUAUAGUCAAACUAAUGAAAGUGACAUCCUAUUACUCGAUAUUAGCAAUGAUAAUAAUAUUAUUUCAAUGAUGAUCAAAAUUAUCAUAGGAAUUUUAGUAGGAAUUCUAAUUAGUAUAUUACUGAUAGUUGGAGGUUUCAUUUUUUAUAAAAAUAAAUUAGCAAGAGGAAUUCCAACACCCGGAAAUGAAAAAGCAGAUGAUAGUAAUAAUGAAGUUGUAAAUACUAUUAUACCAACACCUGGAAAUGAUGAAAAAAUAGUAGUCAUAUUGUUGUAA